CUGUCUGUAUGGGGUGAGUUCUCUUUCGGUAUUUAUUCAACAGGUAUAAGGACACGCUCUAUCUUUUUUUGUCAAGAGUCACCGAGGGAAAAGGAUCCAGUGAAGCAAUGUAUUCAGGUUUUAACCCUGUUGCAAUCCUUGGAGUCAUCUUUGGAUCAAUUUUUGCCUUUGUCCUGCUUUUCGUUUUCAUCAUCUGCUGUGCGUGUCCUUGCUGCUUGAUUUACAAAAGCUGUCACAAGAGACAUAACCAAGUUGUGACAACCACCACCCAUGUAGUCAACGUACCCAUGCAGCCGCACCCCCCUCAUCCAUCCUACCCAGGCUACCAGCCUGUGCCUGGCCUGCAUGGAUAUGGAGCCCUGCCUGGACCCACAGCACCACCACAUUCAUACAUGGACGCAGCUCAUCCAGCUUACUCUCCAGUUCAAUUUCCUCCGGGCCAGCCCAUGAACCUGCUUCCACCUCCUGGACAGUAUUAUCCACCACCGCCACCUUAUUCAGACGACAGGGAACGUCCACCCUACAACCCAUCAUUUGGCCCAAAGGCCUGAACUGCCUACCAGAUAAUAAGACACUAGGUGUGGCUGCAGCACCUUUCUCAUGGGACUGUGUGAGUGGAUGUGUGUAUUACUGUAAAGCUGCUUUGUUCGAUGUCACAUUCAUGUUAUUAGGGAAAAGUAGAAAUUUUAU